CUGGAGCUUGGUCGGCCGCUGUCCCCGCUCGACGCUGCGCGGAAACCCCACCCGAAUGGCGGAAGCGACAAAUAGAGUACUCGGCUCGGCGGCUGGGCUUAGUGCCCCGUCAGCUUUGGACCAGUGCGGCCAGCGCGAAAAGGCGCCUGGAUACUGGCCCCGUGCCCCGCAGGCCCCACUGACUAGGGCCGCGCAGACUGGCCCGCGCGGCCCUGGCUCCAACCACAGGGCCAGGUCAGGUGUGCCAGUGUGCCAUGUGCCAUGUGGUGUUUCCGCCUGGUUUCCACCUGGUUUCCACCGGCACGUCAUGCCUAUCUGGCUCCCAAUUCCCAGAGAAGAUGGGGGCCGCGAAGUCCAAGGUUGGCUGUGUUUAUGUUCCUUCUCGACAUGCUUCUACACAUGGUCAAAAACACGGUGCUACAUGGGGUGGGCGGCGCGCGGUGCGCGUAAGGCGUCUUCUAGGGCCACCACACCCAACCCAUGCCAGAGCCAAGGACACGAAACCCGCCCGUCCCGCCACGUCCAGCAGCGCGCGUUUCCCACCAUCCAAAAACAGAACCAAGAAGAGAAAGAAGAUCAGACGAUAAAAGACAAGGGAAUAGAAGAAGACAGGGGUAGAAAUUGAGGGAGACAGAAAGAAGGAAAAAAGAAAAGGAUUAGGAAAAGAGAUUGGGGAAACAACACAAACAACGCAAACAACACAAACAA